AUGUGGUCGGCGGGGGCGCGGCGGCGGGCGGGCCUGGCGCUGGCGGCGCUGGCGGCGGCGCUGGCCCUCGAGGCGCUGGCGGCGUGGCGGCGGCGGCGGCAGCCCGUGCGCGAGGUGCUCUUCUUCCCGUCGCGCGUCACCUGCACCGAGGCGCUGCUGGCCGAGGCGGCAGCCCCCGGCGCCUGCCGCUGCCCGCUGCCCCGCGGCGACUGCCCCCUCAGCCGCCUCCUGCGCCGCCUCCUCUCGGCCCGCCGCUCCCUCGAGAUCUGCCUCUUCGCCUUCUCCAGCCCGCAGCUGGGCCGCGCCGUCCAGCUGCUCCACCGCCGUGGCGUCCGUGUCCGCGUCGUUACCGACGCGCAGUACAUGGCCCUCAACGGCUCCCAGAUCGGCCUCCUCCGGCGCGCCGGGAUCCCAGUACGUCAUGACCAGGAAAACGGUUUCAUGCAUCACAAAUUUGCUAUUGUGGACAAGAGGAUGCUCAUCACAGGCUCCCUCAACUGGACCACUCAAGCUAUCCAGCACAACCGGGAGAAUGUACUGAUAGUGGAAGAUGCAGAGUAUGUGAAGCCUUUUUUGGCUGAGUUUGAAAGGAUUUGGGAAGAAUACAAUCCCAUCAACUAUACAUUUUUUUCCAAAGAAAGUAAGUGA